UAGAAUUUUAUUCGUGUAAAGUGUAUAGUUUUUUUGUAUGUACGGAUUAUUAUUAUUUUAAUAAUGUUACGUAAACUUAAAUAAUGACUUAUAUUGAACAUCAGCAUCAACAACAACAAUCAUCAAUAAUGGCCAUUAUUAGGUCAUCAAUGAACAUAAGUCCGAAUGAAUUCUAUGAUUCAGCUAUCGAAUUAUUGGCAGAUGAUUAUUCACCAUCAACUAGUUAUUGUGAACCAUAUUUAUCCACAUCAUUAUCAACUAAAAAACAUCCGUAUAAUCAUCAUCAUCAUCAUCAAUCCAAUAAUUGUGCUGUAGUGACAUCAUCAUCAGCCAUCAAUCGAUUGACCAAUUUAGUCUAUACGAAUUCAAAUAGCCAAUCAUCGAACAACACGUUAGUUUUCAAUCGAUUGAAUCAAACAAAAUUUAAUGAUAAUGAUUCGAAAACAAACCCACAACCAGUUUCGUUUGAUCAACAACAACAAAUCGAUUCAUCAGUAUCGACACUUAAAUCAUUUCCUAAGUCAUCAACAUUAUCGAUGGAAAUCAUUUCAUCAAGACAAAAAUCAUCGCAAUCAGUUAUAAGUAAUAAUAAUCGUACGUUAACUAUGAUGAAUACUAAACCAAAAUCAACGAUCGUUGUUAACUCAUCUGAUAAUGGAAAUUAUUCUCAAUCAUCUUUAUCAACAGCGAUCAAUACAUCAUAUGUAGAUAACAACAGAGAAAACCGAAUUUAUUCGGUUUCACAAUAUCAACAUCGUCAACCGCAACAACAAAUCAACACGAAUAUCAAGAAGCAGAUUACUAUUCAACAACAACCGCCAUCAUCAAUAUCAUCAUCAACAACAUCAGGAUCACCAUUACGAUCUUCACGAAGUUUUACGGCCAGCUAUUGCUCACGGCCAAACGUGACAUUGAUUAGACGAAAAAGUGCUUCCGAACGUCUAGCCGAAUCGAAAGGCAAAUACAUUGGCCGAAUGCAAUCAGAUGCAAACAUUAAUUGUUUCAAUAAUCGAUCAGAUCAUGAUUAUCGAGAACAGCAAUCUAUUGAUUCGAUCAGAUCAAUGGAUACUUGUACGACUUCUACGAAUUUUAUUCGAUCAAAUCAAACAACUAAUUCACAAUCAAAUUCUUCGAUAGCUGAAAUCCAUUUCAUUGAUGGUUCAAACAAUUUAGAUAAUGGAAGUUUAAUCUCAAAAAUCAACAGUCAUUUAAAUAAAAUUAAAAAACAAUCAAAUCAAAAUAAUCUGGUCAAAAAACGAAUCAGUCCUAAAUUAUCGGAAAAUUCAACAGGUGCUGUAAGCAAUCUGGAAAUGCAAUUAAGAGAAUUGAUUAGUUUGGAUAAUGUUGUUAACGAUGUUGUUGUUUUGCCUAACCGGAUUUCAAAUGAUUUUAUUUCAAAAAAUGAUGAUUUACAAAGAAUUUGUGAAUCGGAUGAUCUAAUCAAACAACAAAAAGAUAUCUAUCGUGCUGAACUUAAAUACAUAGGCUCAUCAUCAUCAUCAUCUCAAUCGUCAUCAUCGCCAACACAAUCCAUUACGACCAACACCACCAGCUCAUCAUCAUCUUCUUCUUCAUGCUCUAUAUUUUCCGAACCGUAUAACAUUUCAUCUUCACCCGAAAAAAUGAAAAGAAUUAACGAUAAAUUAUUAUUUUUAUCAUCAUCAUCAUCAUUGAAAAUGGAAAAAAAGUUUUCAAAUAUUUCAUCACAGCUGCCAUCUAUCUGCACUGAUUGUAAACAUGAUGAAAAUUUAAAUCUAUCAACUUCUGUAAUGAGAUCUAAAUCAGACAUAUCUCCAUUAUCGAAUAAUCAACGAUUUUCCAACAAUCAUUCUAAUCCACAGGAACAAGACAUUGAUCAUAUAUUUAAAAGUCUGUGUUUAAAUUCUAAUCAUAAACCGAAUGAAAAUAACAAUGAUAAUCGAAUGAAGACUGAACAAAAUGAACGGAAUAUCAUCUUUUCAUCCAAUGAUGAUUCAUUGAAACGAAAAAUGCAUCAUCAUACUAAUAAGGAUAAUUAUAAUGUGAAAAAUCAUCACAAUAAUUCAAUGAUUUAUCCUGGCUAUGAAGAUUCGAACUCGAAUAAAUCGACGACAAUUUCGAAUGAAUUUUCAAGUUUUAAUUCAUCAAGUCAACUAUCGGUUGAUGAACCAUCAUUCAAUCAUACCCAUAAUAGUAAACGGCGAAGAAUUUUUCAUCAUCAUGGAGGCAGUACUUCGAAAUUGACAUUCGAAAAUUUGAUGCUUCAUCAACAAAAUCUAGCAUCAUCUCGUUCAUGUACAAAUCUAUUGGCCAACUUUCACAAUGGACCAUCUGUCGUCGAACGUAAUGCUCGAAUAAUAAAGUGGUUGUUCAAUUGUCGAAAAGCAAUGGAUCAUCAAUCGACAAUCAUUUGAUCAUCAAAUCAUGUUCACACUGAUCAAAUAACGAUUGUUGAAUAUAAUAAUGGAAAAAUUAUUGCUCUAUAUGGGAUGAUAUUUUUAGUAGUCAAUAUUUUUUAUUCAGCCAAUAAUUUUGGUUUAUUUCAUUAUUAUUAUAUAUUUAGACUAGUCGGAAAUAUUUUCUCUUUGAAAAAAAAUGAUUUUACAAAUUUUUUAUCGAUAAAUUUUUGAUUUGAAAACAAAUAAAGU